AAUUUUGGCAGUUCGGUAGAACUAAGAGACAAAAACCUGAAAUUCCUUCACGCCCCAAACGGCCAGAUCCUCUCCUACUACGACUUAAAGGAUGUCGUGGAUCAGUAUGAAUGCACCGCUCAUUGUACCUCUCCCCCUGUCUGUGAAAAUGGCGGUUACGUGAACGUCACGUGUAAGUGCACGUGUCCGGCGGGGUUUACUGGGAUCACAUGUCAGACGGUGGUUACGGAUACAGAUUGUGGUGGAUACGUUUAUCUUAAGGAGAAUGACCUUGUAUUGGAGCCAAACAAAGAUGUCACAGUUACUUCCCCUAAUUAUCCGGGCCCUAUUGGACAGGGAAAAAUUUGUAGAUGGGCAGUCAAGGCACCGGAAGGAUACAUCAUAAAAAUGACCAUAGAUGACCUCCACAUGGCCUUUAACCCGAGAACAGCCCGGUGUUAUCAUUGGCUUGAGAUACAGUACAACCUCCCAGGUCAACCAGGCGUCCGUCGUUGUGGUGACGUCGCUGUAGAAACCUUCCUGACGUCAGUAGAUUCACCCACGUUAAUGAUCGUUACCAUGGAUACCAAAUUUGCAGGCAGCAGGGCUACACAUAAAGGAUUCAAGCUUCAUUUUGAAAAAGAGAGAGAGGUCUGUAGAGACAACACGUGUCAGUAUGGGGUGUGUGUUCCCUCGGCGCUGAGAGCCUGUCUGUACAAGUGUGUAUGUCAGCCCGGAUACAAGGGGGACAACUGUGAACAGGUUAUUGAUGGUGCUCAACUUAAGUGUACUUUUGAGAGGUUCGAGAAGUGUUUCUUCACCAAUAUCGAGGAAGGUGACAACUUUCAAUGGGGAAUUGGGUUUAAACAUCGCUUGUCCUCGAGGACAGGGCCAGAAGGCGCUUACAGAGGGGUCAGGUUCCUGUUUGCUGAAAUGUCUUUACCGAGAAAACCGAGAGAUAAGGCCAUCAUCAAAACAACAGUCCCCCUACCAGGUAUCAAAGACUAG